AAGUACCAAGCUGGACAUUACCAGGCCAAAUUCUCCAUGAGUCCUGUGACCUCAGCCCAGGGGGGGACCUACAGGUGCUACGGCUCAUACAGCAACUUCCCCUACCUGUUGUCACACCCCAGUGACCCCCUGGAGCUCCAGGUCUCAGGAUCCUCUGGAGAGCCCGGCCCCCCAGCCACAGAUCCCAGCUCAACAGCUGGUCCCAACCGGUACCUGUACGUCCUCAUCGGGGCCGCGGGGGCCUUCGUCCUGCUGCUCUGCCUCCUCGUCGUCCUCCUCGUCCGUCGCCAGUGUCAGGGCAAAGGCAGGAAGCCGGGGGCUGCAGACCCAGAGCCCCAGGACAGAGGCCUGCAGGACAGCUCCGGGCCAGCUGCCGCCACCCAGGAGGAGACCCUCUAUGCCGCCGUGCAAGACGCACAGCCUGAGGAAGGGGUGGAGCUGGACCAGCGGCAGGACGCGGAGGAUGGAGACCCCCAAGGAACGACGUAUGCCCAGGUGAGCCACUCAAGAUCAAGACUCAGUCGGGGACCGGCCACUUCUCCUUCCCCCCUGUGGGGGGGAUUGCCGGACACAGAAGACAAACAAGCAGAGGAAGACAGGCAGAUGGACAGUCAGGUGGGUCCUCUCUUCUCCAGGCUCCCAGGCUCCCCCCACGCUAACCACACACCUCCCCUCUCCCUCCGCCCACUGCAGGCUGCCGCAUCUGACGCCCCCCCAGAUGUGACCUACGCCCAGCUGAACCGCUUGACGCUCAGACGGGAGACGAGUGCACCCCAUUCCUCCCAAGCCGGGGAGCCUCCAGCAGAGCCCAGCGUGUAUGCUGCUCUGGCCAUCCGCUAGCCCAGGAAGGACCCACACCCCACACUCCAGGGAGGGGACCGCGGGGACCCCAGGAGGCGCGGGAGCUGCCCACAGAGGCCGCCUAAUGGCCCCAGCCAGCCUGGACUCCUAACAUAGACCAGUAAGAACUCCUGGGACCCUCUGGGAGUGACCGGAUUCUGCCAUCAAAGAUAGCUAGAGCCCCUACAUUUUGGAAAUAAAGCAACAGACUUCUCGAUAAUCCGUGAGUGAAAUGAGAAACCCAAAAUGGAAAUGGGAGAAUGCUUACGCUGAAUGAUAAUGCAAAUGUUACACAUCAGACCUAUGGCGCAGGAAAAUUAACAACCAGGAACGAAUAUAUUAGAAAAGAAAAAGCCUAAAAUUAACAACUCAGGCAACAAGAGAUGUUGGCGAGGAUGCGGAGAAAGAGGAUCUCUUUGGCGCUGCUGGUGGGAAUGCAAACUGGUGCAGCCCCUCUGGAAAACAGUAUGGAGGUUCCUUAAAAAACUAAAAAUAGAACUAACCUACGACCCAGCAAUUGUACUAGUUAGGUAUUUAGCCAAGGGACAGAGGUAUGCUGUUUCAAAGGGACACAUGCACCCCAAUGUUUACAGCAGCACUAUCAACAAUAGCCAAAGUAUGUAAAGAGCCCAAACGUCCAUUGGUAGAUGAAUGGAUAAAGAAGAUGUGGGGUGUGUGUUUGUGUGUGUGUGUAUAUAUAUAUGUGUGUGUGUGUGUGUGUAUAUAUAUAUAUGUAUAUGUAUAUAUAUAUAUAUAUAUAUAUAUAUAUAUAUAUAUAUAUAUAAUGGAGUAUUACUGGGAAAUCAAAAAGAAUGAAAUCUUGCCAUUUGCAACUAUGUGGAUGGAACUGGAGGGUAUUAUGCUAAGCGACCUAAGUCAGUCAGAAAGACAAAUAUAUUAUUUCACUCAUGUGGAAUUUUAAGAUACAAAACAGAUGAACAUAAAGGAAGGGAAGCAAAAAUAAUAAUAAUAAACAGGGAGGGAGACAAACCAUAAGAGACUCUUAAAUACAGGGAACAAACUGAGGGUUGCUGGAGGGGAGGAGGUGGGGGGCUAAAUGGGCAAGGGACAUUAAGGAGGACACUUGUUGUGAUGAGCACUGGGUGUUAUAUGUAAGUGAUGAAUCACUAAAUUCUAUUCCUGAAAUCAUUUUUACACUAUAUGUUAACUAACUUGGAUGUAAUUUUUAAAAAAGAAGAAGAAAGGAAAAGAAAAAAGCCUAAAAAGUCAAUGAUCCAAGUUAUCAUACCAAGAAUUUAGAGGAGGAAAGAAGCAAAUUAUUCCAAAUGAAGGUAGAAGGAAGGAAAUUAUAGUGAUAAUAGUAGCUACUAAUGAGGACGAACAAAAAAUAAAGAAGAAUCAAUAAAGCCCAAAAUGUUCAUUUUUUAAAACAUUAAUCACAUUUAUAAAUCCUAGUCAAAAUGGCCAAGAGUGGGGGGCACCCAUUAUCAUUUUCAGGAGGGCAUCACAUCCUACAGACUUUAAAUCAAUAAUAGAACAUGAUGAUCGAUUGUAUGCCAACAUAUUAGAAAAUGUAGAUGAAAUGAACACAAUCCCCAAAAAUACAAGUUUCCAAAAUGAUGAAGGAUAAGUAGAAAAUAUGUAUCACCUUAUGUAUACAUUAAAUGCAUUGACUCUGUGAUCAAAAAUCACCCCCCAACUGAAGUGUGAGGAAACUGACAGAAAUGGAGAGCAGAAUGGUGGCUGUCAGGUCUGGGGGUGCAGAAAUGGUGAAGUGUUGGUCAAGAUUAUAGGUAUAAGAUUAAAAGAUAUAUAGUUAGUUCUAAGAUUAUACAUUCUGGGGAUCUAAUGUACAGCAUGGUGGCCAUAGCUAUACUGUAUCAUCUUGAAUGUGGCAAAGAGAGUAGAUCUAAGAUGGUCUCAUCAUAUAAAAAAGGCAGCUAUGUUAUGGGAUGGAAAUGUUAGCUAAUCCCAUAGUGAUAAUCAUCUUGUAAUAUAUACAUGUGUCUGUUGAGGAGGCUUCAUUGGCAAUUUCCUCCAAACACUUACAAAACACACACACACACCAGAAUUACACAAGCCUUUCUUGAGAAUAAUAAUAAAAAAAGGAAGUAAUAUUUUAUCAGGCUAGGAAAAUAUUGACACCAAAGCCUGGAAAGGAAUUUAUAGAAUGGGAAAGGCACGGAACAAUGUCUCACAUAAACUUAGAUGUAAAUCUCUAAACAAAACAUUCACAAAUAAGAUUCAGCAGUAUAUAAAAAGGACAAUACAUCAUGACCAUACUGGAUUUUGCAGGGGAGAGGAAGAACAGAGUAGCUUAAAGUAUUAAAAAUCAAUCAAUAUAAUCCAAUACAUUAACAGAAUAAGUUAAAAAAAAUGACCAUCUCACAAACUAGUGGUUGCCAGAGGGGAAGAGGGUGGGGAUGGGUGAAGCAAAUGAAAGAGCUUAAAAGGCAUAAACUUCGAGCUAUAAAAUAAAUGAGCCACAGGGAUGAAAAAUACAGCAUAGGGAAUAUAGUCAAUAAUAUUGUAAUAAUUUUGUUCUGACACUAAAUAACUACACUUCACAUAGUGAGCAUUUCAUAAUGCAUGUAAUUGUUGAAUCACUAUACUGUUCACCUGAAACUAAUAUGUCAACUGUACUUUAGUUAAAAAUUAAAAAAAUGAAGAAAUCUCAA